CAAACAUCGAGCUACCACAUUUCUUUAUCAUGUCCGAAGCCAUUAAAACCGUCAGCAUCCCAACCAUUGCUUGGGAGACUGCCGCUGAUAUUCACUUCCCCCCAAAAUUCGACAAAAACAAAAAAUACCCUGCCGUCGUGUCGGCUCACCCAAUUGGCUCUUGCAAGGAGCAGACAUCUGGCAACGUCUAUGGAAAAGCAAUAGCAGAGGCAGGCUUCGUAGUUAUCGUUUUCGAUGGCUCUUUCCAAGGCGCCUCGGGAGGUCAGCCUCGCUUCAUUGAGGACCCCGAAUUCCGUGUCUCCGACUUUCGGUUUGUCGUCGACUAUGUCCAGACACUCACCUAUGUCGAACCCGAGCGUAUUGGGGUGCUCGGCAUCUGCGGCGGCGGUGGCUAUGCCAUCGACGCGGCUAUGACGGAAUACCGCUUUAAGUGUUGCCCUUUGGCUUUCGACCCUGCUACGUCUCUCGAGAAUAUUGCUAAGCAGCGCACUCUUGAGGCGCAGGGUGGAGACCGCCUUGUGAUCAAUCUCCUUCCACCCACUCUCGAAGACGCGAAAAAAUCCACUACGAAUAUCGACGUUAUUGAGGCAACGGAGUACUACAAGACUAGCCGCGGCCAGGCGCCUAACGGUUGCACGAGCGGUCUUUAUUCCUUCAACAGCGCUGCUCUCGCGUGGGAUGCUUUCAAUCAUGCCGAGGUCCUUAUGACCAAGCCGCUUCUGGCUGUGGUCGGUGACAAACCAGGCGGCUUCGGCGCUUAUCGUGAUACUCAGGAGAUUCAUGGACGCGCAGGUUCCAAAGAGAAGCGUAUCGUCGUUCUACCCGGAAUAUCGCACUAUAUGCUGUACGACAAGCCCGAGGCGGUCAAUCCGGCGCUCGAUGAGGUUCUCCCCUUCUUCAAGAAACAUCUGGGAGAGGCCAGGUGA